AUGCCCUCCCAAACAGCCUUCAUCUCCGGCCCUAUCAACACUGGCCCCAACGAGGCCUACUUCCACUCACACUACCCACCCCUCCUCACCGCCGCCAUCGCCCGCAACGACUCCUUCGUCCUCGGCCCACUCCCCUACGGCGUCGACUCCGACGCCCUCUCCUACCUCCUGCAGUACCCCGUCUCCCCGACGAAAAUCACCGUAUUCGUGACCUCGCAGGAAGACGGUCUCUGGGGAUUGCAGUUGCGUGCGUUAGGGGUCAAUAUACAUGUUGUCGAGGGAAAUAGUACCCGUGAUCGGGACGCCGCUAUGACUGCCGCCAGUACGUAUGAUAUUCUGAGGAUUAGGCCGGAGGAGGAGGCGAGGGAGGUGUAUGGGGAGUUGUGUAAGGAGAGGUAUGUGACGAAUACGGAGAGGAAUUGGAGGAGGAGGAGGGGUAUGGGAGAGGAUGAGAAGGUGGAGGCGGAGGUGAUUAAUGGGGAUGUUAGGGCUGGGUUGGGUGUGAAGGAGAAGAAGAGGAGGUUUCUGGGGAAGGCUUUGGGAAGGUGA